AUGAAGGGUGUUACGGGCUUUCCCGGGAUUUUUGGGCGGAUACAGCAGCAAAGUGCGACCGAACGGUGUGGCGAUGAUGCCCGGUGCGACAAGAUGGACACGAUGGACGCAAGUGACAACGGAGCGCCCGAGUCGAGUCAUAUUGAACUAGCUACAGUACUUGCAAGGGUGCAAUCGUCGGCCGCUCAAACCCUCACCCAAGAGCGUCGCACGGCAGCCGCGAGCCCAACCUUCGCUGAGAUCCCGCCCGAGCAUGUAUGGAGGAUCUGGUCCGCGAUGGGCAUCGGGAUGCUCUACAUGUGGGACUGGCCGCUCGUGCCACCCUACCCGCACCGCGACCCGAUCGAGGCGCUCAAGGCGUACUUCUACACCCGGCGCACGUUCCCCUUCCUCGACCGCAUGCUCGGCGUCCUCAGCGUCCUCGGGCCCUACGGGCGCGCGCGCGAGGACAUGGGGCGCCUCCAGGGCUGGCAGCGGAACGCGCAGGCGAUCUGUGCGGUGUUCAACUUGCUCAACGACGCCAAGCUCCUCGACAACGUUCCCCGCUUUGUCGGCCGCAUCGACACGCUCCUCAUGCUCGUCCGCACUGUCCAGGGCGAGGCGCAGAACAUCGGCGUGCUCGGCGUCAUCGACGCGCGCGCGUGGACCGCCGUCGCCGCCGCCUGA